CACCAUUAAAUAGUGUUAUAAUUUUUUUUUUCAAUUCGAUCUCAAUUUCCAUGUUUCAAGAUGCCUACGGUUGCCUAUUUCGAUGAUGAUAAUGAAGAAGAGAUAAAACAAUAUACAAGAUGUUUAUUCUCCGAAUUAACACGUGAACAAUUGCUUCAUAGUGGUGCUGUUGAUGAAACGGCAAUAGAAACGAAUCCAGAGCUAGAAUUUUUAAAUUUUCAGCUUAAUAAUUUCUCAUUGAAACAAAUUGGACGCGAUCUCAAAGCAAUAUCGGAAGAAUUUGCUAGAAGUUCUGAACGUAAUCGUGUUUUGGAAAGAGCUCAACAGGUAGACAUUGAUCAUGUUAAUUAUGAAGAUUUUCGACAAUUUUUGGAAGAAUUAUUCGCCAAUGGUAUUACUCGUGAAAGAAUUGUUGUUUUAUUCUUUUUCUGUUCAGAUGUUGUUGUUCGUGCAUAUACGAAUCGUGUGGCUAAUCUUAAACGUUUAUUCAAUUGGUUUCUAAACUAUAUUCUUGAUCGUGUUUGCAGUUGGGUGGCCAAUCAUGGUGGAUGGAAAGUUGUUCUUGGAACCUAUGUUCCGGCAUUCAGUCAAACAGUAUUCUAUUGGCUUGGUAGUGCUGCCAUUGUAAUGUUCAUGUACAAGAAAAUAUUCAAUUAUUGACAAUAAUAUCGGAUCUUCAAACAAAAAAAAUUUUUUUAUCAUUUCACAUUGAUCUUCAUAUACCAAUUGCUAUGGUCUUUCCAUUUUUAAAAAAUUUCAUAAACAAAAUAACAU